CAAUUCCGCUUCAGCUCGGCCCUCCAUGCAGUAGCCAUGUACAAUAUCACAGCACAGCGUGCCAUUGCCAAGAAGGAGCUGAAAGAGGGACUUGAAGGAUCUCGAUCUUGGCAUCAUCAGUACAAGGAUUCCGCGUACAUUUACAUCGGUGGCCUUCACGAAGGCCUCACUGAAGGUGAUGUGGUCAUUGUCUUCUCCCAGUUUGGGGAAAUCGUUGAUUGUCAUUUGGUCAGAGACUACACGACUGGAAAGUCCAAGGGCUUUGCAUUCAUUUGCUAUGAUGACCAACGAAGCACCGUGCUUGCUGUAGACAACAUGAAUGGUUUCCAGCUGUUGAAACGGACCAUACGAGUGGACCACGUGGAUAAAUUCAAGGCUCCCAAGCAGUUUGAUGAGAACGACUUGGAUGAGAAUGGUGAUCCAAAGCUAUUGGAGUACAAAGCUUCCGGUGCUGAGGGUCAAGGAUAUCAAGUUUACAACGUCCUAGAAAGCCAAAAGAAGAUCGUAGCAGCGAUGGAAGCACGCAAGAACUAUUGGGAGGACAAGAAGGCCAAAGAGGCACCAGAAGAUGAGGAUGAGGCAUGGGCUAGGUCCUUUGAAGAAAACUUGCAAGAUAUGAAAGAGGUAGACAAGGAGCGCAAACGGCUCAAGAAGUUGAAGAAGGACAAAAAGGAGCUGAAACGCAUGAAGAAGGAGGCAAAGAAGCUGAAGAAGGAAGCCAAAAAAGUCAAGAAAGAAGAGAAGAAGAGGAAGGCUGAAAAUCUGAAAGUCAAGGAGGAAGUGAAAAAGACUGCCAAGAAGGAGAAGAGCGAAAGUGAUUCCUCUGAUUCGGACAGCGAUUCGUAAGAUCAAAA